AUGCCGUCAUCUGUCAAAGAGGGCAGGGUAACCAAGGCUUCAAAAUCAGCAUCGGCACGACCGGCUGUGACUAUUGAGCGACCGAAACGGACAUUAAAAAAACGAGAAAAAUCCCAGAAACUCCUCCCUCUAGUAGAACGCACAAACAGACUCCCCCUAGACCAAUUCAUAGCAUACUAUCUCCCACCACCGGCAUUGGAAAUCAAAUACCCCAAUUCUACGCCCCAAGACCAUGGCUCAGUUCGAAAGGAGGGAUUGGAUUAUCUGCUUGAUAUUUACACUGCUCACUCACUGCCCGCUGCAGACUUCGAGGCAUGUUUCCGUCUCAUAGAGCUGACGUCAUCAAAAGACUACUCCGGUUCCAGCAUUGGAUGGUCUCCCUCGAAGAAGCGCAAGGAAAUGAAGCUUCCUGAUAUGAGAUAUCUCCUGCUCCAUCCCAAUUCGUCAAGAGAACGCGUCACUGCGAAGGGGGGGACUGCCAUUUCUGAUACUCCUGAUCCUGCGCAGUCGCCGAAUGAACGGAACAUAUUGGGAUUUGUAUCCUUCAUGAUCACGUACGAAGAUGGAAAGGAGGUCAUUUAUUGUUAUGAGAUCCACUUGUCACCAGUGGUGCAAGGGCGUGGCCUAGGGAAGCUGCUGAUGGCAAGAUUCGAGGAGAUAGGACGGCGGAUUGGCCUGGAGAAAGCUAUGUUGACUGUGUUCAAGUCAAAUUCAACCGCUCUGCGACUCUAUGAUCGCCUCGGGUAUUCGGUGGAUGAGUACUCCCCACAACCACGCACACUCCGAAACGGGACAGUAAAGGAGCCAGACUACUUGAUCUUAUCGAAGCCAUUGCAACAGACAGCAACCUGA